AUUUAGGAAAGAGCAAUGAACGAAAAUUUACGCAGUGAAUCAAGUUCAUUCAAAAUGGGAAGGCAUGAGAAGAGAAAAAGAAGAACGAUUGACUUAAAUUUUUUAUCUAAGAAGCAUAGAAAAAUUUACCGAGAUGAUGGAAGGAAGAAAUCGCUCGGAAAUAGAGAACAGGAAUCUGUAAUACAAGAAGAUAAGAUUCAGGAAAAGGAAAGGACAGAGUCAUCAUCAUCAUCAGACGAUGAAGUUAAUCCGUAUCAACAGCUGAUUGCAACACUUGACACUGCUCAGUCUCAUCAAGACUCUGAAGAAGAAAGCGAUAGUGACAAUGAUGCUAAAAGUGGAGAUGAUUCAGACAAGGAAAUUAAUGAUGAUAAGGAAGAGGAGUCAAACUCUAAUUCUGAUGUUGAAGGAGACAAUGUUGAUACAAGCAAACAUAAUGCUGGUGAUGAAGAUGAUGCUGUUGAUGAUGAGGAGGAUAAUGAUAGUAAUGAUGACAGUGAUAAUGAUGAAUUAGACAGUGAUGAAAGUGAUGAUAUAACAGAGGUAGUGGCAGAUUUUGAUGAUGAUGAACUUGAUAAUACUUUACAAGAAAGUGAUCCAUUUAUUGUACAUUUUGAGAGAGAUCUGGAAGAGAAAGUUGUAGAAGAAUUAGCUGGAUGUAAAUCUUGUCAUAAGGAAGUAAUCAAGGUACCUGGUGUUGGGCAAGCAUUUUACAAAUGGUCCAUUGAUCAGCUUAAACAGAAAAUCUCACACAGAAAGGAGAAAGACUUGGCUAACUUACAUGUAAAAGAGUCCUUGGUAACCAAUUUACCAGCAGCAAACAGGAAAAUGUGCAAUGUAAAGUCAGACCAGCUAACAGCUUUCCAAGGCAGUCUGUUUUCCAUCAUAAAUAAUUAUCAGGAUGUGUUUUACUCUGAGAGAAGCCAUGACAAUGGAGAGGAGAUCAGGCUGGUGUAUUGUCUACAUGCUCUCAAUCAUGUUCUAAAAACAAGAAAGCGAGUGAUAUCACACAACACAAAGAUCAAACAGAAAGGAGAGAAUUUAGAUAAUGAUGAAGAUUACAGGGACCAGGGAUUGACAAGACCCAAAGUCUUAAUGAUAUUGCCAUUCCGGGAAUCUGCAAAGAGGGUUGUUGAUAUGUUUAUACAACUCCUUAAUCCCACAGAUCAGGGUUUUGUUGCAAACAAGAAGCGAUUCUACAAAGAAUAUGGUUUGUCUGAGGAAGAAGAACCAAAGAAGGGAUAUAAACCAGAGGAUUUUGAGGCAACUUUUGCUGGAAGCAUUGAUGAUCAUUUCCGUAUUGGUAUUGGUGUUGCUAAGAAAACGCUGAAGUUGUACACAAAGUUUUACUCAGCAGAUAUCAUCCUGGCCUCUCCUCUUGGACUGAGAACUCUGAUUGGAUCAGAAGGGGACAAGGAGAGGGACUAUGACUUCCUCAACUCUAUUGAAGUGUUGAUCAUAGACCAGGCAGACAUUCUGAUGAUGCAGAACUGGGAUCAUGUUUUACACAUUAUGCAACAUCUACAUUUACAACCACAAGAGUCUCAUGGUGUAGAUUUCUCUAGAGUCAGAAUGUGGACAUUAAAUGGCUGGGGCAAGUAUUACCGACAGAGUCUAAUCUUCCGAUCUGUCCCUGUACCAGAGAUAUCUGCACUGUUCAAUAAACACUGUCACAAUUUUGCAGGAAAGAAUGAGUUCAUACGACCCCCAAGUACAGGGACUAUAUGUCAGAUUACAGCACAGCUACCUCAGGUGUUUCACCGACUGGACAGCACAGUAUAUAGUAAGAUACCAGAUGACAGAUUUGAUUUCUUCAUUAAAAAGGUGUUACCCCACCAUUCAGAUGCUGGAAUGUCACAGACAUUGAUAUUUGUACCAUCAUACUUUGACUUUGUUAGACUGAGGAACUACUUCCGGAGGGAGGAAAUCAACUUUGUACAGAUUUGCGAGUAUUCCAAGGACAAAACAGUUAACACAGCAAGAAACCUGUUUUACCACAAAAAAGUUCCAUAUUUGCUGUAUACAGAAAGAUUCCAUUUUUACAAAAGGGUACGAUUGAGAGGAAUUCGUCACAUUGUGUUUUAUGGCCUACCACAAUAUCCAAACCUAUACAGCGAGAUGUGCAAUAUGCUGCAUGAUGCAAAGAGCAAACAUCGUGUUGAUAAUCAGACUUGUACUGUUAUCUAUGCAAAAUUUGAUGCACAGAAGUUAGCGGAAGUUGUUGGUACAGAGCGUGCUGGAAAAAUGAUCCAUUCUCAGAAAUCUGUUCAUAUGUUUGUCACAGGAGAAAAUGGUUGAAUAAAUAUUGAAGUUACA